UUUCCGGCGGCUCGGUACUCAGCCAUUUCUUCCCCUCCAUGCCGAUCUAGGAGCGGGUGGCGCUUUCGUGGUGCAACAAAAAUAUUGUUAUUGUGUUGUUUUCAUGAAGUGGUAGUUCCAAAAAAUCCGUAAUCAUGGCUCGAUACGGGCAACGUCCUGAGAACGCUCUAAAAAGGGCAAAUGAGUUCAUUGAGGUAGGGAAGCCUGCCCGUGCUUUGGACACUUUGUAUGAAGUAUUCAAAAACAAAAAAUGGGCGUGCAACUGGAGCGAAACUGUUCUCGAGCCCAUCAUGUUCAAGUACUUGGACCUCUGUGUCGAGCUCAAGAAAAGCCACAUUGCAAAAGAGGGUCUUUUCCAGUACAGGAAUAUGUUCCAAUCCGUCAAUGUCGGAUCACUUGAAAAUGUUAUCAGAGGUUACUUACGGACGGCUGAAGAACGUACGGAAGCUGCCCGUGAGCAAUCUCAACAAGCCGUAAUUGAUGUGGAAGAUCUUGAGAUGAUAACUACUCCUGAAAGCAUUUUAUUAAGUGCUGUCAGUGGUGAGGAUGCUCAAGAUAGAUCUGACCGCACAAUUCUCACUCCAUGGGUCAAGUUCUUGUGGGAAUCCUAUUGUCAAUGUUUGGAGUUGCUGAGGACCAAUGCUCAUGUGGAAACCUUGUAUCAUGAUAUUGCACGCAUGGCCUUCAACUUCUGCCUCAAGUAUAGCCGCAAGACAGAGUUCAGGAAGCUGUGUGAUAAGCUGCGCAAACAUCUUGAGGAUAUAUCCAAGCUCCCAGCUCAAGUUUCUAAUGUGUCAAUUAGUAAGCCUGAAACUCAGCAGCUGAAUUUGGACACCAGGCUUGUACAACUUGACUCUGCGAUUCAUAUGGAACUCUGGCAGGAAGCCUACAAAGCAACUGAAGAUAUCCAUGGCUUGAUGAAUAUGUCUAAGAAGUCACCUGUGCCUAAGACCAUGGCCAAUUAUUAUCAAAAAUUAGCUCUGGUCUUUUGGAAGGCCAACAACUGUCUCUUCCAUGCUGCUGCUCUGUUCAAGUUGUUCCAACUUUCCAAAGAAAUGAAGAAGAACAUAACUCCUGAGGAACUGCAAAGAAUGGCCUGUCGUGUUCUCUUGGCAACUUUAUCCAUCCCACUUCCAUCUGCUCACCCUGAAUUUGACCGUUUCAUCGAAACUGACAAGAGCCCUCUUGAGAAGGCCCAACGCCUUGCCACAUUGUUGGGGCUCCCCCAGCCUCCCACUCGUGCCUCCCUGCUGAAGGAUAUUGUGAGAGUGAAUGUUGUUGGCUUAGCAGCUCCCCAACUGCAGGACCUGUACAGCUGGCUUGAAGUUGAGUUUGAUCCUCUGAAUCUCUGCACUCAUGUUCAAAGGGUUGUGGAAAACUUGCAGGCUGAGGAAAACUCACAGCUUGUUCAGUAUGUCCCAGCUCUUCAAGAUGUGACCCUUGUUCGAUUGAUUAGGCAAGUCUCUCAAGUCUAUCAGACUGUCAAAUUUGCACGCCUGUUGGAAUUGGCUCGCUUUACUGACACCAUGCAUUUGGAGCGUCUCCUGGUUGAUUGUGUCCGACAUAAUGACAUGCAAAUUCGGAUUGAUCAUGGUGCUGAAUGCAUCCACUUUGGUAUGGACUUGGCUGAGAGCCAGCGUGAAGAUCAUCCAGAGGGCCCUACUCUCCAGAGCAUGCCUAGUGAACAAGUGCGUAACCAGUUAAUCAAUAUGGCCUCUGUUCUUACAAGAGCAAUCAAUUCAAUCAACCCUGCCAAGAAGAAGGUAGAAAGAGAAAUCCUUAGACAUAAAAUGGUUGAACACUACCAUGCCACUAAGGUUGAUGAACAUACUCAAAUAUUGAAGCGGCAAAGGGUUAUUGAAGAUCGCAAAGAAUAUCUUGAGAGAGUCAACAUUCUCAGAGAGGAGGAAGCUGCCAGGCGACAGGAUGAAUUGGCCCGCCAACAAAUGGCUGAAGAACAGAAGAGGUUAAAGAUGGAGUUAGAUGAGCGUGAAAGAAAGAGGCAAGAGAAUGAAAUUCAGCAGAUCAAGGACCGUCACCUCAAAGAAAAAAUGCAGCAAAUUUCUCAAACUGCACAUGGGCAGAAAAUUCUCAAGAAACUUGAUGAAGAUACCCUUCAAAAUAUGGAUGCUGAUCAGAUCACAGCUCGUGAGAUGGAAGAGUUACAGAAGGAACGUAGGGAAAUGUUACAAAAGCUGAAAUCUCAGGAGAAGAAAAUGGACUACUUCAUUCGUGCUAUGCGCAUUGAAGAAAUACCCCUUCUGCAGAAGUCCUUUGAGGAGAACCAGGUCAAGGACCGCCAGUUCUGGGAGCAGCAGGAGAAGGAGCGCAUCGAGAAGCUGGUGGAGGAGCGCGAAGUGGCGGUGCAGCACCGCGAGCGCCUCGCCCGCAUGUACGAGGACAAGGAGGAGUUCCUGAACCAGCUCAUGAAGGAGAGGAACUCGGCCUUCGAGGACAAGAUGAGCGCCUUCCAGGAGCUGCUCGAGUCCGAGCGCAAGAAGCGCCUGCAGGAGCGCCGCGUCAAGCGCAAGAACGACCGCCGCGAGAAGUACUACCGCCAGAAGCGCGAGGAGCAGGAGCGCAAGGAGCGAGAGGAGCGCGAGGAGAAGGAGAGGAAGGAGCGCGAGGAGCGUGAGGAGAAGGAGAGGAAGGAGCGCGAGGAGCGGGAGGAGCGCGAGAGGAAGGAGCGCGAGGAGCGCGAAGCGGAGGAAAAGAAACGCAGGGAAGCCCUCGACCGCCAGGCCAAGAUCCAACAGGAGCGUCUGGACGAGAUCGAGAGGCGCAACCGGGAGAGCGAGAAGGCCUCCGCACCCUCCUCAGCUGCUGCCCCUUCCAGUUGGCGCCGAGGGGGCGACCGGGACGAGCGCGGUGGCCGCGACGACCGGCGGGAUGACCGAAGGGACGAGCGCAGGGACGACCGCGACGCCCCGCGCGGUGGGGACAGCUGGCGCCGAGGAGGCGAAGGUGGUGGCUCCGAGCCCGCCAAGGAGGCCUGGAGGCCAGCCCGGCUCAGGGAGGGAGGCAGCGACUGGAGAUCGCGCGACGCUGCCGAGCGUGAGGGCCGUGAGGGCGGCGAUGCUGGCGAGGGCGGCAGGGACGCUGAUCGCGACGCUGGCCCCCGCGACAUGGAUCGUGGCGGCCGCGACCGCUUCGACCGCGAUGGCCCCCGUGACCGCUUUGACCGGGAUGGUGGUCGCGAUCGCUACGACCGUGAUGGUGGCCGCGACGGAGGCCGUGGCUACGACCGUGACGGCGGCCGCUAUGGCGACCGCGGCGACCGCGACCGUGGCUUCGGAGGCCGUGACCGCCCCGCCGAGUCCGGCAGCUGGCGCCGUGGGCCCGCCCCUUCAGCCGGUGGCGAGGACGACGACGACCGGCGCGGACCUCGACGCGACGACCGCCGGGACGACCGUGGCGGCAUGAGGCGGGAUGACCGGAGGGAAGCCCCAAGGGAACCUGGCGCAUGGCGCAAGGAGGCCCAGCCCCCAAGGAAGGAGGAGUGAAUGGGUUCAAUCAUCAAAAUCUGGACUCUCUGAAACAUUGUUCUACCUAGUAUUUUCAUUGUUUUCAUAUUCUUAUUGGUCGGAAUUUUUUUUUUCUGUCGCUGUUAGUUUUGGAACUGAGUUUCGCAGAUGUGUGCUGAUUGUGCUGGUUGGACAUCCAGCAAGCUUCGGCUCUUACUGGCUUCCUAGAUGUUUAUUUCCCCCUGCUCCAUUCCAAUUAUGUCGCCCUUCCACGAGCAUCCUUGGCACACAUCUAUUUUUAAAAAACUAACUUUGAAACAUGUUUAUAUGACCGUGGCCCAGACACUGACCGUUGACCACCUCAGCCCCGGAGCAUUAUCUGCUUUACAGAUUUGGGGGAAAUGUUCAAAUAAUACUGAAUCGCCACCUGCUCUAGGCAUUGAUUGCUGCAUGAUUUAUUCUUGUUUGUCAUUUGUGAUUGUAAUUUGUUCUUGUUGAGCCCAAAGGGUUCGUCUUGACUCUUCCCUACUGUCAUUGCCACAUUUUGCUUCAUGCCUGUUAUGUUGAAUUAUGCUAUUAUUAAUUAUUCAGACGGUUUCAAGUACUAAUUACAAAUGCUAUUUUUAAUAUGGGAGUUUUUCUCUGAAAGGAUAUAUUUGGCGGUACUUUGUGUUGGAGUCUAUAUAGUUGUAAGAAAGGUUUGUCCCUUCACUUUGUAUUAAAUUAUGGGAACUGUA